CAACAACAACAAGGAGAACGUCGACAACGACGACAAGAUGAAACAUGUGUAAAUGCUAACGAGCGAGUAAAUGGAAAGUGGGAAAGGCGCUUGACAAGUGUAACGAAAUUUGAUUGAUUUUGAUUGACAUGGCACUCAGCAGCUGUGGCCACCCAGAAGUGAAAUUCGAGUGAAAACCAAACACAAAUUUAAAAGCGGGCAAACAGCAAAACAAAACAAGAAACCGAAGAAGAAAAAAAACUCAAAACUGAGAAAAACUUCAAUUCAACAAGGGGGAAAUACCCAUGGAAAAUGAUAUAGUAUAUAUUUACAGUAAUAAGUGCGAACGACAGAAACCAAUAAAAGUACAGCGCUCGCAUAAAGUAAGAUUGCAAUAAAAUAUAUAUAUAUAUAUACAGUUACUCUCUCUCUCUAUAUAUGUAUAUGUGUGUGUGUGAAGCUGGGCGCCGGCUAAUCAAGUGCUGCGGCGCACAAUAAAAUCGUCGAGCUAAGCAACUUUUUUCUUGUGUUUUUUCCCUUUUGCUGUGGCGGCUGUCGUUCACUUUUUUCAUUGCCUGCCAUCAUUUUCCGCAUAUCUACAUGUGUGUGCGUGCGUGUGUGCAUGUGUGUGUGUGUCAAUGUGCGUGUGUGUGCGUAAGUCUGUCAUAUAAAAAGGAUAAAAUAUUUGCGCAUUGAUUUUCGACCAACGCAACUGUGACAGCAACAAAGUGGAUCAACAACAACAACAACAACAACGACAACAACAACAACAAGUUUUGGACAACCAUUUUACUAGGGGUCACAAGCGGAGCCCAACGCCGAGUCUGAUUAAGGCGAUAAAGCUUUUACUUGCGAGACACGCAACAUCUAGAAGCGCCUAACGGGAAAAUCCAACGCUAACCAGCGGCAGAGCAACGAAAACAAUAGCAUAAAUCAGUACACGUGUCGCAUACACAAUGCGAAGCAUGCGGCAAGGCAUCGACAACAACAACAGCAACAGCAGCAGCAACAAUAAGAACAGCAGCCACAGCCGCAGCCGCAGAGACAACAGCAACAACAACAGCAAGUGAAUUGCGUUAUAAUUUCAUUAAGGACAAAAACCUUUUCAGUCAACGGCUAUAAUGCGAAGGGCUAAGGCAGCAAAGGAGAAGAGCGCUAAAGUAGAAUAAAGUUGAGUAAAGCAAAGCGGAGCAAAGCCGCAGGACCCAAGAGGCGGCACUAACAAAAGCAUUGCCUACUUACAGGCGCUGCCAAGCAAAAAUCAAGCGACUGGCAUUUUUAUGAAAUUAAUACAAAAGACGCCAGCUAGAUAUAGAGUGAGAGUGACAGAGAAAGGGCGAGGAAGGAGUCUGCAAUGACAGCAACGUGGACGUGGACACAAUGAUGAGCACUCGCACUCUGAUUAUAAUGGCGGCCCAGCCUCACGAGCAGCAGCAGAAGCAGCAGCAACGGGCUAGCGGGAAACGCUUUUUUUAUUGCCUGACACUCGAGUAGGCAACGUGAUUCUGCUGCCAAGUCGAGACGACAGCGACUGAGUGGCUAAAGCAGACGCUGUAGCUGUAGCUGUAGCUCUCGCUGUAGCUGUAGCUAGAUCAACGUUAUAUUCCAGCGACUGCGCUAAUGCUAUUUGCGUGACGCGGAAGUGGAAGAGGAAGAAGACGAGGGACGAAGAGCUAGAAAAACGUCACCUUCAUUUACUAAUUUGACAUGCAAACGUGACCAAGUGUCGCACAUAGACUCCAAAUAGAAGCUAAAGCCAAGACAAAGCCAAUUCAAUAGAGGAACGUACAAGAAAAUGCCACGCCUACUGCAAUUACUAUUACCCCAGCUGCUGCUGCUGCUGUCGCUGCUGCACUGCAUCGCCGGCUGUCCGCCGGAAGUGUGCGUCUGCAAGUGGAAGGGCGGCAAGCAGACAGUCGAGUGCGGCGGACAGCAGCUGUCGGCGCUGCCGGAGGGCAUGGAUCCGGGCACACAGGUGCUCAACUUCAGCGGCAAUGGGCUGCAGGUGCUGCAGAGCGAGCGCUUCCUGCGCAUGGAUCUGCUCAAUCUGCAGAAGAUAUACUUGUCGCGCAACCAACUGAUACGCAUACACGAGAAGGCCUUCCGCGGCCUGACCAACCUGGUGGAGCUGGACCUCAGCGACAACGCGCUGCAGCAUGUGCCCAGCGAGACCUUCCAGGACUACAGCUCGCUGAUGCGGCUCUCGCUCAGCGGCAAUCCCAUACGCGAGCUGAAGACGUCGGCGUUCCGGCACCUCUCCUUCCUGACCACACUGGAGCUGUCCAACUGCCAGGUGGAGCGCAUCGAGAACGAGGCCUUCGUGGGCAUGGACAACCUCGAGUGGCUGCGCCUCGACGGCAAUCGCAUCGCCUUCAUUCAGGGCGCCCACAUUCUGCCCAAAUCUCUGCACGGCAUCAGCUUGCACAGCAACCGCUGGAACUGCGACUGCCGGCUGCUCGACGUCUACGGCUGGCUGGUCAGCCACAAUACGCCGCUGGCGGAGGAGCCCAAGUGCAUGGAGCCGGCACGGCUGAAGGGCCAGCCGAUCAAGGGACUGCAGCGGCAGCAGCUCGCCUGCCUGCCCGAGGUGAGUCCGCAGUCGAGCUACACGGAGGUGAGCGAGGGCCGCAACAUGUCCAUCACGUGCCUGGUGCGCGCCAUACCCGAGCCGAAGGUGCUGUGGCUGUUCAACGGCCAGGUGAUGAGCAACGACAGCCUGCUGGACAAUCUCCACAUGUACUACUACAUUGACGAGAGCGGUGGCAGCGGCGCCGAGGAGAAGCGCAGCGAGAUCUUCAUUUACAACGUGGGCGCCGAGGACAAUGGCACCUUCUCCUGCGUGGGCCAGAACAUAGCCGGGACGACGUUCAGCAACUACACGCUGCGCGUGAUAAUCAAGGAGCCGCCGGUGGUGAACGAGGUGUCCUUUCCGCGCGACUACAUGAACUACAUUGUGGCCAGCAGCGCCGGCGGCGCCAUCAUCUUCGUCGUGCUGCUCUGCACGAUUGUGGUCAAGUGUAAGCGCGGCGCCGAGCCGGCCAAGCGCAAGAAGUGCGACCAGGUGACGAGCAUUGCGGGCGCCACGGACUCGACGAACGGCAGCAGCCAGGACACCGGCAUGAUGAAGUGCGCCUCCAUACUGAACGACGGCGACAGCCUCAACGGCGGCGCCGGCCUCAUGCUCGCCGACAAUCUGACGCCCACCAAGGCCGGCAAUGGCAGCGCCGGCGGACCCGGCACCAUUGGCGUCGGCAGCGCCGGCGGACUCAUUCUGGGCGGUCAAAUGAAACAGAAUCUGUUGCUGUACGCCACGCCCAACACGCACUCGCAGCAGCAGCAGCAGCAACAGCACCAGCAGCAGCAGCAGCAACAACAGUUGCAGCUGAACGUCAACAUGAUGAACGCUGCCGCAGCAGCUGCCGCUGCCGGCUCGCCGCCGCUGCUGCUGAGCAAUGGCCUGGCCGCCGCCUACUGCUCGCCGCCAGCAUCGCUGCGCAACUACCCGGAAAAGAAUCCCGACCUGGUCAACGAUGCGGAAAGUGUCAAGCACAAGCUGAAGACGGCCGUCUCGCUCGACGGCGCCGCGGACUACGAAACGGCCAGCGAUUGCGGACAGUACGAGGGCUGCUAUCAGCUGACGGCGGCCUCGCCCCAUGCCCAUGCCCACGCCCACGCCAUGCUGGGUGGCAUGGGCUCGCGGUUCGCUGCCGCGAUGACAACGCUGCCGCGUGGCAUGCAACUGAAGUCGGUGCUCAGCUCGGCGUCAGCUGCGGCGGCAGCCACAUCGCCGCAUCAGGUGGAUGUGCAUCUGAAUCCGGUUUGCUUUUUGGGCCAGGAUGGCUAUGCCUACGACUACAGCAGUGCGCAUCUGGUGCAGCAGGUGGCUGCGGCACCGCAGCACCACCAGCAACAGCAGCAGCAGCAACAGCAGCAGCAGCAGAACUUUUACCGUACACUCCCCCACAACCGCGCCCACAAACAGCAGCAGCAGCAGCAGCAAUUUGCGGCAGCACAGAAUGCAAGCCUUCGAUACAGCAUGGAGGCGGAGUUUGUGCAGCGCGCGCCCGCCGUAGCCUACGAGAAGUAUCAGCUGCCGAAUGUGCGCUUUACGGCCGAGGGCUAUCCGCAGCAACAGUUGCAGCUGCAGCAACAGCAACAGCAGCAGCAGCAGCAGUUCCCCUCCCCGCCCGAGGGCUACAAGAGCAGCGAUCUGCCGAUGCCAGCCUUUCAGCAGUGGCCCAGCUGCUUGCCCGGCUACCAUGCGCAGCCGCUGCGCUACGGCCUGGGCCAGCCACCGCCAGUGCUAACAGCAGUAGCGGCAGCAGGAGCAGCAGGAGGAGCAGCAGCUGCCGUCGGAGCAGGAGCAGCAGCGACAACAGCAGGAGGAGCAGCCGCAGCAGCAACGCCCGCGCCUACGCUGGAGAGCAGCGCCACCAUACCCGAGCUGGACGAGACUGAGACGUCGCCCAGCGGCUCGAAUGCAGCCAUGGCCGAGGCCGAGUGCGCGGCCAGCAGCAGCGUCGAGUCGACGGACGCAGCGAAGCUAAAGCAGCUGAAUGGACCCCUGGCGGACAGUCCGGACGAGGGCUAUGUGGGCGAUGCGCAGGAGACGAGCGACAUUUGACAACGCGGCGCCGCUGUCGGCCAGGAUGCUGCCUUAGACGAUUCUGUGGCUCUGUAAACACACACACACACACACACACAGACAGACAGAGACACACACACACACACCCACACAUACUCGCACAGAAAUAGAAUUAGUCUUGUGUUCGUAUACGAGUAUCCGUAUCCUUUGUUGCCCACAGCCAGCAAACAAAAGACCAGAGCAACCCAAACCCCAAUCCGAGAAGAAGAAAAAUGAAAAAAUAGAAGAUGUGAAAUCAAUUUAGCAAAACCGAAUGAAACAUGCCCUAACAGAGAUCAGAAAGAAACAGCAAAAAGCUAGCACAAUUCAAUAAUUUCUUCUCCUGAUCGAUUUGCAUAUUGUUGUCGAAAUGGAUUUUUAGUUCAAUUAGGAACCCAUUUGCGGCUGCACCACAUUGGCAAAUGCAAAUUGCAGGCUAAUCCCGAUGACCUCAUAUAUAUGUAUAUAUGUUGCCUCCUGGGCCAGCUCAAAGUUGUUGACAAAGUUGUCUGGGCCCACUGCAAAGGGUAUGGCAAAAGGGCAGAGUGCUGGCCUAACCUAAUAAAGCCGAAAAACAAAGACGCGCAGCUAAACAAAAGACUAGAGCUUCGUCCCUAGCUUCGACUUCAUCUUUGGCAGUUGUUAUUGUUGUCGUAGCUGUCGUAGUUGUUGUUGUUGCUGUUGCUGUUGCUGUUGUUGGGGCAGACUCCUUUUUCUUUCGCUGUCGUGCCUAUGCGUGCCUCGAGUGGCAAGCUGGCAGCAUUUUAUUUCCGUUGAUGUAAUUGAAAAAGUUUUUCAUUUAAUAUAAACUUUUCAGCGUCUUGCUAUCUUGCUCACUCUCUGUAUCUCUCU